CUCGAAUAAGGCAGCACGUUUGCGGACGCACAUGCUUCCUAUUGUCAUCGUGCUCGUGAUUACGAGGUUGGAACGGGGAACGGUACGCCACGGUACGUUUGUUCGAUCUAUGGUUGCGCCGGUAGCAUCGACGAGAAAAACCUGGACUACGGGAUCCAGAGAGCUGCCGACGAAAGAUCGCUGGAUGAACCGGAAAGUGUUUUAAUUCGAGCGAUUCGAUUCGAAAGUAACUUUGAGUUCGAGAUACCCGGGAACCGAUGAAAAGAUCGCGCGAUCGAUUCGAACGAAAGUGUCCGCGAAGAGAAGAGGAGACUGUCGAGGUGUCAGAGAGCAACGACGUAGGCUCACCUGUGCGUCGACGUACGAAAUCCAAGCCUUGGCCCGAGACCACGGAUGGGACGGUGGCGUAAGUCCUCUCUUGGUACCAGGUUGCCGAAGGAGGUCACCCGGUCACCCAGAUGAGGUUCCUUGCCCGUUGUUACCUCCGCACCUCGGCCAAUGGCGUGGCACCUCGGCGUCGCGGUGGCCAAUCCUGUCGCCAGUUUUCGUGCCGACCGCCGACCGAUCGCCGAUCCGAGACCCGCGCCCGUCUUUGUGUCCAGAUUUAAGCUUCUUCCUUGCUGGGCAGGAUCUCCAGCCUCAGGAACGCGUGUAUCCUUUUGACAGUUCUGUCGCGGCGACAUCUGCGCACCGCGUUUCGUCGAAUCGGCCGCCGCGAGGACCCCGACACACGUCCCCGAAUAAUUAAUCACGCCGGAGGAAUCACCGCGUCGAGGCGAUCCCAGGAGGAUAGACGCGAUGGCUGCGAGGUUCGCGAUCUCGGUGUUGCUGCUGCUGCUGACCACCGCUGUCGUCACGGUGUCUUCGGCUGGAUUUCUCGAAACGCUGCUCUCGUGGGACCUGCCAGACGCUGUUGGAAGAUCCACCACGGCGGAGUCCCAAUGCCUCUGCCAGACCUCCAAUUGUCUCUGCUGCGUCGACCUGAACCUGACGGCGACGAUCGACCUGGGCGGGCCUGCCUGCAUCAACGUCAAGCAGAAGGAGCAGAACGUUUCCUUGAACUUGAGCUACGGCGACAAUCCUGUGCACAAUGCCACCAUUAAGAUCGCCGAUGCAGCCAACAAACCGACAUGUAUGAACUUGCUAUCGGACCUGGCGCAAAUAUGCGCGAAAUUCACGUCGAUAAAACAAGCCGACGCUGGUUACGACGGGUGUCUGGUGAUCGAACCCGCAUUGUUGGGCACACCGCAAGCCACCUACCACAUGGGAUGCUUCAAUUUCAAUCGAGUGGUGCGACAAAUCGAAGUCUCUGCCAUCACGGUGACCACGGAGCCGGUUGAAAACGGAGAAGAGGAAGACUCUCUGAACACGGAGGAGUUUAUAGCAGCGGUGACGGCCAGCGCCGAACAAGGUAUAGCUCUGUUCUCCCAAUGGCUAGGUCUGAACUUGAACCCAAAGUUGAACCUGACCGGCAAGAACGUCGACCAAGCGGCCAGCCAGCAGCGCGCCGACGCGCCCACCACAUCCAGAUCCGCUCGCACCAAUUGGGACCAGGAGAAGAAGAACGACGAGCGGUUCAAACAGUUGCUCAGCGCCCAAGACAACGUGCUGAAAGGAUCGGCGACGAUCGGUCGAUCGAUCGGAGCCGAGACGACGUUCGUUUAUUCGAAACCCUCCGAGCUGCUCGCCGAAAAGAGUUCCGGCGAUAGGAAUGUCCAAGACGUCGUCUCCGAUCGCCUAGCCGUGGUUCCGAAAGAGUCCAGGCGAGGUGGCAGAGCGUACAACAUCCACCAACACGUAAACGAGAUCUGAGAACGCUCGUUUCUCCGGUUCGACGCGAUCGAUCGUGGUUGAAAUUUCUAAUGUUCGUAGAGUUUAGAGUACCGCGCGUACACUGUAUUACCAUGAUGCGCUCUAGGAAGGUUUAUUUAUUAUUUUUCUUUUUUCCGUAUCUUUCUCCCUCCUAUCGAUUCCCGACUAUUAUUUAUCGAACGAUUCGACCGACCGGGAGAAUCGCGAGACGCGACGCCGUUUGGACGCGCAGUCUUUUCACCCCGACAUCGUCGGAUCGGCCGCGACGAUCGAAACGGUACGAUGCGGGAUUCGUCCAACGAUAGAUUAUCGCGCGCGCGUUCGACAGCUUGAGAAUCGUCGUUUACGCGUUUCAAGGAGGCUGAACGAGACGCGCGUGCUCUCGCAUCGGCUCGUCGCACAGAAUGAUCUCUCGCGAUCGCGAUCGUCUCUUUUCUCGUCGAUACGAAGUCUCUUUCGUUCGAUGCGGACCGUCUCGUUCCGUUGACCGAGAAACGCUGCGGAUCUUCUGUUCCGCGCAAAGAAAAAGCUGCUGCCGAUUGGGAAGGAUACGGGCAAUGCGUUCCAUAGGUCGGGCGACCCGCGGCUCCAUUAUACGAUCUAUUUAUUUGCGUUCGAGCCCGCAUAGCAAGUAGAAAAUACAGUAACAUUAUCGAGUGGUUCGUGCGCUCGCCAGCGAAACACUGCGCGCGUGAACGUUGUCGAUGGAGUCUCCGGACUGUUCGUUUUCUGGGAGGUAUGUAUAAUUUGCCGCGCGCAUACAAAAGAAUUGUAUCGUGAUAUCGUAGAUCGUUCGGUGUCUCCGAUCGGACAGAUAUCGACUCGCUGGUCGAACGAUCGAUCCGGAUCCCCCGGUCGAAUCGGCGCAAACGGAGCAAAUUAAGUUCCUUCCGAUCAAAAACCGUAUCAAAAACCGUGGACCAAUUGUACGAGAAAAGAAAGUUUUACAGAGGAAUCUUUGUAAUCGCCAAUCAUUGUAACAUCGUCGUAACGUGGAAGAUGAAUCAAUAAAGCCAAAAAGACAACA